CGGGUAUAGUACAUUACGUGGAUGCGUAUUUUCUCCAACUCUCAUUUUCCACGCUCAUCAUCUAAACAAACAUCCUUUUUUUCUGUAUUUUUCUCUAACGAUACGUAUCAUCCGCGGUCGCCUUUCCCACCUCCAUCCCUUUAAUUUUCUUUCUUUUUAUUCUUCGUGGGAGGCCGCGCAUAUUUCGAGUCUAGGCAACCUUCGCGACAACUGUUUAAUCUGUUCGGUACAAUCGGCGACCCCUCGAAACCAGUUCCGACGAACACCCAUCAUCCAUGACAUCGUCACUGUUGAUUGCAAUGGUUAUCGAUGCUGCUUAUUAGGGGCACAAGCAAUUUACAAUCUCAUCACUUUCUGCCUCUGUGCAGUAGUUUUGUAAACUGCAAUUGCAUAUACCAACUACUAGAGAUAGUUCAUUUCGGACAUCGUCCUUAGCAUCCAACUUUUUUUGCCUUUGGAAGUAUUUUCUAAUUCGACGAACUCGCCAUGGCCAAUUCCGAACAGACCUGGGGUAUUACUCCCCCGAUCGCAACAACACUUCCCACUGCUGCUGAGACGCAGUCUACGCAUCUACUUCUAGAAGAAUUAAGACGCCAAAACACGUUUGAAUCUGCCGCCGAAACCAAGAAGAGAGAGAGAGUUCUUGCCGAUCUUCAACGUAUCGCAGACGAGUUUGUGCGACGAGUGGCGAAAGAAAAGGAACCACAAAAUGAAGUCCUCAUCCGAGAUGCUCGCGGCGAAGUAUUCACGUACGGAAGUUAUUGUCUAGGCGUUUACGGUCCCGGUUCCGAUAUCGAUACCCUUGUAACCGCUCCUCGAUACGUAACCCGCGAUGAUUACUUCAAACAUUUCCCUUCUUUACUACAAGAGAUGGCUCCUAAGGGUGCAGUGACUGAUCUCACUGCUGUUGAGGACGCAUUUGUACCUAUCAUCAAAUUCGAGUACUGGGGAAUCAGUAUCGAUUUAAUCUUCUCGAGAAUAGCCACGUUAAAGCAAUUCCCACCCCAUGGUCAGCUAAACCUGACCAACAACGAAUAUCUUCGCGGUUUAGACGAUCGUGAACUUCGUUCGUUGAAUGGAACUCGUGUCACGAAAGAGAUCCUCAACCUCGUCCCCGAGCAGAGCACUUUUCGUCUUGCUCUUCGAGCUAUUAAACUAUGGGCGCAACGUCGCGCCAUUUACGCCAACAUCAUCGGCUUCCCGGGUGGUGUAGUAUGGGCUAUGCUUGUAGCGCGUGUCUGCCAACUUUAUCCGAGGGCCGCAAGUGCUACUAUUGUCACAAAAUUCUUCCAGAUAAUAAAGCAAUGGCGCUGGCCCACACCCGUGCAAUUGAAGCAUAUGGAUGAAGGACCACUAAACGUGCGCGUCUGGAAUCCUAAGAUUUACAAGAGUGACAGCUACCAUCUCAUGCCUGUCAUCACACCGGCAUAUCCCCAGAUGUGCGCAACUUUCAACAUUACGCAUUCAACAAUGGCUAUCAUCCAGCGCGAGCUUGAACGUGGCCUCGAUCUCACCAUCAAAAUACAAGAUGGAAAACUUCAAUGGAAAGAUCUGUUCGGUAAACACACCUUCUUUACCGCCGACCAUAAGUAUUAUCUGGCUGUCAUCGCGACUAGUACUACGAAGGAAGCGCACAAGAUAUGGUCUGGCUUUGUGGAAUCGAAGGUCCGUGUUUUAGUCGGCGAACUCGAACGACACGCUUCAAUCGCCAUCGCACGUCCGUUCAACAAGGGUUACGAAAGGCUGCAUAGGGUCAAGAACGACGAGGAGACCGAAGCGGUACAGAACGGAAGCCUAGCUUAUAGAGUCCAAGAUGACGAAGAAGAUGACACCGAGGCGAAGGAAGAGAAUGGUGUCGAUGUGAAAGCUGAGGUCGGCACCACAGCCCCGAACUCUGCUGUCAAGUCUGAUCUUGAGGACUCGGGGAUGAAGAUGGAAGAUAUCCCCGAAGCGACUUCACUCGGAACGAAGAUAUACACUACAACACACUACGUGGGCCUCGAGCUCGCUGAGGGCGCAAAAACACUGGAUUUAUCCGUUCAAGUCAACGCAUUCAAGGCCAUAUGUGGUCAAUGGGAGAAGUACGACGCAAACUUGAACUACUUGAGCGUUCAACAUGUGAAGAAUACGAAUCUUCCCGAUGAUGUUUUCGAGCCAGGCGAAGUGAAGCCGCGUCCUAUUAAGAAAGCGCCAAUCGGUCCAAGGAAGCGCAACGCUUCGUCCGAAGUACAUGCACCGCCGGCGAAGCGACCCCAACCCGCAACGUUGAAGACACCAGCCGCUGCUGCGGGUUGAAUGAGAAGCUAUAUUGCCACUACAACCUCUGGCAACGUCAAAUUCCACUUCGUUCUACGUCGAGCUUAUGCUGAAAUUGCCCGGAUGUCGACUGACAUUUGACAGUUGACACCAAUUUGUAUUCAUACUAACUACACAGCGCCCGACAGUGGCCUUUUUCGCAAUAUUGUGAGUGCACUCGACUUUACGCGCUACGGAUUUCCGUCUAGGUCUUAGAGUGGUAUUUCCCGGCGCACCGUGCAAACAACCAAAACAAUAACAGGAGCAAUAUUAGAUGCUCACGAAAGCUAAACCAGUAGCCGGCGACUUUGAUUCGCAAGAUACCACCACACAACGCUCAUUCUACGUCUUUUUCUUACACGAAAUACAGAUUACAGACCUUUGCCAGCCGAAAACCUUCAAUCACGGAGCAUCAUGGGCGUGUGCGACGGAGAGGAAGAUGAUAGAUGGGUCCCUCCCCAAAUUCAUCAAACCAUGAUGCAUAAUUCCCGCCUCUUUUUCUUUAUGUUUCCUUAGCUUUAUCUAAGUAGAGAGAUGAGCUUAUUCACACAUGACAGCUGAUCUGACACACAGGGCAUUCAGGGCAUCAUAGUGGAGAGAGAAAAGGAAGACGGACGAUAGCCCGUGGUGUAUUUAGAGGCGUUUGCAGAUAAAUAAAACUUGGUUUAGAGGCAUAAGUGCCUCGAAACAAUCAAA